UUAUGUAAAUAUUUUGACACAUAAAUAAUGUGUUCAUAAAUUCAUAAAGAUAUAUUUUUACAAAAAUAUAUAUAUAAAAUACGAAUCUGUCAAUUAGGUUAAAUUUUAACGUAUUUAAAGUGUCAAAAAGCAAAAGUUAAAAUGAAUAUUAAUGUAACUUUAGAUGAACCUUUAACAAGUAAUAAUUGUGUGAAACUUGUAAUUGAACUUCUAAAGUAUAUUUUAUAUCAAAAACAACAAAUACCAUUUACUUAUGAUUCAUUAUCUCAAUUACAAAUGAAAUCAACUGAUAGAAAUUUGUCUUCUAUAAAAACAUUAUUAAAUACUCUGAAAAGCACAUCAGAGCAGUUAAAUUCACAAUUUCAUCUCAAAAACUGCAAAAUCAAAGAAAUUGCUAUACUUAUUGGUGCUACAAUAAUAUCACCAAAAUUACAUGUUAGGAUUAUAUUUCCAUCUGAUAUUCUUAAUAGUCAAGAACAUUUUGAAUGUAAACAUGCUUCUAGGAAACCUCUCUUAAAUUUAAUGAGAUCAAUGCUAGAAUGUUCAGAAUUUCAAGAUGCACUGACUUUACCAUUGAAUCCUACAAAUACUUUUGUGUUAAUACAAAAAAGUGAUAAUAAUACAAUAUCAGAUUUUUUUUUACCUAAACCACAAUAUAUACCUCCUAUACAGAUUUCAAACUAUUUUAUAAUUAAAUUACAAUAUAAUGAUCAAAAAAAACUAAAUUGUAAUUGCAUAGAUAUAGUAAAAGUUUAUAAUGAAGUAUCUGAAUCUAAUAUUGAGUCUAAAAACAAAGAUAUUGAAUUUUUAAAUAAUUCAAGAAUUAAUACCACACAUGUAUCCUAUCAAUGGUAUCAAUCCAAAGAAGUAAUUAAAGGAUUUAAAUUUUUAAGAUGACUAUAGAUUAUUA